UUUCAUGGUGCUGUCUGCUGUGUGCGAUUUGCACGGAGCCAUGAGAUCAAUAAGCAAGCUCCGAACUCUGAAUCAACCUUUGAGCAUUCUCCUCUCACUGCCGCAAGUUCUUCAUUUUUCUUCCAGCUCUUCCAAUUCGUCAAAGCACUCACCUUUAUUGUCUCGCGCAGCAACCCAACAAUCUGAUCCCGGCAUCUACCGUGCACUUUUUGAUGAAAUCACUGACAUUUUAGGGGCUGGCCCUGUGGUCCAGGACAAUUCCUCAUCUGGGUUUUUGUUUUUGGAGGAAGCUGAUAAGGGGAAGUCGGAUUCUGAAGUGGAACAUGAUUGCACCAAAGAUGUUUGUGGAAAUGCCACAGCGAGUGUAUUGCUUGAUAAAGGCAAGAGCUUUGGUGUUUUUGGAGAUUCCAAGUUGGGGAACAUGAGUGAAGACGAUGUGAGCCGAGUUGUUGGUGAGAUUACUAGGAUUUUUAGAGGUGAAAAGGAUUGGAGUCCUGUGGAGGAGAAGUUGGAGAAUUUGAAUUUUGAGUUGAGAGCUGAGGUUUUUGAUAUGGUAUUGAAAAGGUGCUUCAAAGUGCCACACUUGGCUUUAAGAGCUUUUGAUUGGGUGAAGAACAAGGAAGGUUUUAGUCACACAAUGAAGACUUAUAAUACUAUGUUGUGGAUUGCAGGGGAAGCUAAGGAGUUUGAAGUGGUGAAUAAGUUGGUGGAAGAAAUGGAUAACUGUGGAAUUGAAAAGGAUGUUAGGACGUGGACUAUUCUCAUAUCCCAUUAUGGGAAAGUGAAGCAAAUCAGCAAAUUGUUGUUGGCCUUUGAAAGCAUGAAGAAAUUUGGUUGUGAACCUGAUGAGGUUGCAUAUAGGGCAAUGAUACGUUCGCUUUGCAGUUGUGGGAAAGGUGAUAUUGCUAUGGAGUUCUACAAGGAUAUGGUACAGAAAGAUAUGGUGCUUGAUCUAAGAUUAUAUAAGUUGCUCAUGAACUCCAUGGCAAGGGUAGGUGAUGUUGCGGCUGUUCGUUUCCUUGGAAAUGACAUGACACGGUUGUCUCUGAUGCCGGAAAACAGUGUUCAGAGUUGUAUGCUGAAGAGUUUCUGUAUUUCUGGAAGGAUUAAAGAAGCUUUGGAACUGAUCCGUGACCUCAAAAGUAAAGACUUAGCUAUUGAACCUGAGUUUUUCGAGACCUUGGUGAGAGGGCUGUGUAAGGCUGGCAUGAUUACAGACGCUUUAGAGAUUGUUGAAAUUAUGAAGAGAAGGGAUAUUGUUGAUGGAAGGAUUCAUGGAAUUAUAAUAAAUGGAUAUUUGGUAAGAAAUGAAGUUCACAAGGCACUUGAUAUGUUCCAAAGCAUGAAAGAAUCCGGUUGUGUGCCCACAAUUUCCACAUAUACAGAACUGAUACAGCAUUUGUUUAAGUUGAAUAGGUAUGAAGAUGCUUGCUUGUUGUACGAAGAGAUGCUAGGAAAAGGUAUUAAGCCCGAUGGAGUGGUAAUAAUGACCAUGGUUGCAGGUCAUGUUUCUCAAAACCGUAUAUUCGAAGCAUGGAAGUUAUUCAAGAGUAUGGAGUGCCAAGGCAUCAAGCUCAAUUGGAAACCAUAUGCACUGUUUAUUAAGGAGCUUUGCAAAGCUUCAAGGACAGAUGAUAUUAUCAAAGUAUUGUAUGACAUGCAGGCUUCGGAGAUUGUAAUUUUAGAUGAAGUAUUCCACUGUGUUGUAACAUACUUGAAGAACAAAGGGGAGCUAGACAUGAAAGCGAAAGUUGAGAAGAUUUAUACAGCAUUUAAACUUGAUCUACAAAAAUGCAGUAAGUCCGAAGAACAAGUAUCUUUGAGAAUUAAGGUGGAGAAGGAUGUGGUAAUUGAUCAAUCAGAAUCACAAAAAGUAAAUUACUCCUCAGUUCACCCACACGAUAAGACUUACAACGAGCAGGAUGUUCAUGAAAUUUGUAGGAUUCUUUCAUCUUCCAUGGAUUGGUCUUUAAUUCAAGAAAAUUUGGAGAGAAGCACGAUAUGGUUUACCCCAGAAUUUGUUUUGGAGAUAUUGCAACAUUGCAGUAUGCAUGGCAACACUAUGCUAAAGUUCUUUUCAUGGGUUGGAAAGCAGCCUGGAUAUAGGCACACUGUAGAGACAUACAACAUGGCAAUCAAGAUUGCAGGUCGCGGGAAAGAUUUUAAGCACAUGCGCAGCCUGUUCUUUGAGAUGAGAAGAAACAAUUAUCCAAUAAUGCCAGAGACAUGGACAAUCAUGAUAAUGCUUUACGGCCGAAUUGGUCUAACAGAUCUGGCCAUGAAUUGUUUUAGAGAUAUGAAAGCUGAGGGUUAUAAACCAAGUAGAAGCACAUACAAGUACUUGAUCAUUGCUCUUUGUGGAAGGAAAGGAAGGAAGGUUGAUGAAGCUAUCAAAAUAUAUGGUGAGAUGAUUCGUGCCAGACACAUCCCCGACAAAGAAUUGGUUGAAACUUUCCUUGGUUGUUUAUGUGAAGUUGGUAGGCUUUCAGAAGCUAGGAGAUGCACAGAUUCUCUCAAAAUAUUCGGAUAUUCAGUUCCUCUUAGCUAUUCCUUGCUUAUCAGGGCUCUUUGCAGGGUUGGAAAAAUGGAAGAAGCAUUGGCAUUAGUUGGAGAAAGUGGGGCAGAGAAACCAACUUUAGAUCAGUUUACAUGUGGAAGCAUUGUCCAUGGCCUACUGCGAAAGGGUCAAUUUGAAGACGCCUUAGCCAAAGUGGAAUCUAUGAAACAAAAGGGUAUUAAACCUACCAUUCAUGUUUAUACAUCUUUGAUUGUUCAUUACUUUAAGGAGAAACAGAUAGGAAAAGCCAUUGAAGUAUUCAAGGAAAUGCAAGAAUCAGGUUAUGAACCAAACAUCGUCACAUAUUCUGCCCUUAUAAGUGGAUACAUGAACAUGGAGAGACCAACUGAUGCAUGGAACAUCUUCUACCGCAUGAAAUUGAAAGGACCCUCUCCUGAUUUCAAGACUUAUUCCAUGUUCCUUAGUUGUCUUUGCAAGUCUGGUAGAUCAGAAGAAGCCAUGAAGCUUAUUUCUGAAAUGUUAGAUAGUGGUAUUGUUCCUAGUACUAUUAAUUUUAGAACAGUGUUUUUUGGGCUAAACAGAGAAGGUAAACAUGAUUUAGCCAAGCUUGUAUUGCAACAAAAAUCAGAAUUAAUAAGAAAGCGCAAGCUCAUAACUUGA